GGCGCAUGUGCAGUGAGGACACCCACGUGUAGUAGAAAAUGGUAAAGACAGUGCCUCCACUCUCCUUCAUCUCUCAAGCUACUGCCCUACUCUCUUAUACUGGCAGAGCAUGUAUCCAUCACCAGCGGAUUCUUUAUUGUACAGCUGCAACCUCAUCAGACACAGAGCCCCUUCAAGAGCUAGAGAGCAAUGGAAACAAUGAUGAACAAUGUAUUGCAAAUGUCAGUCCUGUCAGUCGACAGCGGAAGGUCUCACUGAGUCUACCUACUGUGUUCUUACCACAUAAACUGCAGACAGCACUAGAGAAGGCAUUGCAAGGCUAUUCUCGCAAAGUCCUAGCAGCUGAUGGUCAGGCAUUGUCUGAGUUCCUACUCUCUAGGAAAGUGUCUACUAAGCAAGACAGAGAUAAAACGAAGGCCUCUGAACCGCCAUCAUCCAUGAAUCCAUGGGAGAAUGAUAAAGGAGCUAAAAAGUCACGAUCUUUUCAUCUCCACUUCAAGUAUGGUAGGAGAGAGACGGUUGCAUACGCUGCCAGUAGACUGCCUGCUGUGUAUGGCACCACUCUCAGAGCACUCACUGAGAUUGCUCGUGGGGACAAUUCAUUCAGACCUGAGACUCUGUUAGACUUUGGAUCAGGAUUGGGAGCAUCUGUUUGGGCUGCCCACUCAUUGUGGGCGGAGUCUCUGUACGAGUAUCAGUGUGUGGAUGUGUCCAGUGAUAUGGGGAACCUUGCUAGAGUGCUGAGGGUGGGUGGGGAAAUCCCCCUACAGGAACCACACCCACCUACACCUGAGGAUAUACCGGGAGUACAUUUCAGACAAUACCUUCCUCUCUCAAACAAGGUGGGGUACGAUAUAGUGGUAGGGGGUCAUUCACUGGGGGAGGUCCAUUCCCUUAAACUGAGGAGAAUGUUUCUGGCUUCUUUGUGGAGAAAGACACGGAAAUAUCUGGUGUUGGUAGAGCCGGGUAACUGGACGGGGUUCAAGGUCAUCAGUGAGGCUAGGGAUAUGAUUCUACAGGCUGCUAGCAAGUGGACACGUUACGAGGAUGAGAGCAGUGAAGAGUUGGAAGGUCAUGUCUUUGCACCGUGUCCUCAUGAAUCAGAGUGUCCACUGAUACUGAACUCAAAGCUUCCCUGUCGCUUUGGACAGAGGGUACAGUUAGCACUGUCAGAGAGAAAUGGACCAUUGAAACACAAAGGAUAUCAUUUAGAGAACUUCUCGUAUGUAGUGCUCAAGAAAGGACCAAGGAAUCACGAUGAAGGUGUGGAUGGCCGGAUCCUUCAGCCGACCAAGAAGAGAACUAAGCACAUCCUCUGCAAACUGUGUACCAGACAAGGAGAGGUGAAAGAUGUGAUUCUGACAAAGUCCAAGCACAGAGACGUGUACAGAGAAUGCAGAGAGAGCAAAUGGGGGGACACUUUGACUGGUCUUAGUUAGCAUUUGUUGUGUUGGUUUAUAAUGUUCAAUCACUCAUUAAAUUUUUACAAUAAUCAAGUUUACAAGUCCAUUGUUCAUAUAUAUCUGUUCAUAUAAUACAACAGUUCAGUUAGCCUGAGAGCUCAUCGACCUUUCUUGAUACAGUCCACAUCACGACUGCAACGAGACCCCACCUGCCCACACCAAGCAGUGCCCUGCAUGUCUUGGGCAGCUGCAUCGAAUUUCUUCUGUUGGAGCAAUGAGCGGAAUGUGUUGAAUGAAUGCAGCUGGGAGCAGCCAAGGUUGAAGGCCAUGUCUGCCACUGCUGACUCUGCAGUAU